AUGUAUAACGGUAUUGGUAUAACAACUGCACGUGGUACUGGUACGAAUGGUUAUGUUCAAAAAAAUUUAUCUUUUGUUCCUACAAAACGCGAACGUGUUGAAUAUGUUAAAGAUGUUGAAUUAAAAAAACUUGAAACAUUAAUUGAAAAAAAAGGGAAUGCUGAAAUUCUUGAACAUGAAAAAAAACGUCGAGUUGAAGUUAAAUGUAUGGAAAUGCGUGAUAUGAUGUUAAAUAAUGGAUAUGAUGAAGAAGUUACAAAUCAAAAAGUACAAAAAUUUCGUAAAAUGCUUAUUGAACGUGAAGGAAUUUAUGAUAAAACUGAUAUUGAAUAUGAUGAAUUUGGACGUCCUGUUUCAAAAGAAACCCAUCAAUUGGCACAAGCUAAUGAUGAAAAAAAUCGAAAAUUGCGUGAAGCAUUUGGUAUUGGAGAAUUUGAUCGAAAGAAAAUAGCCGAACGAAAAACUGAAGAAAUAAAAGAAAUGGAACGACGUAAAGCUGAAAUAGUUAGCAAACAAUAUACAAUUGUUCAAGAUGAAGAUGAAGAAGAUGAAGUAGAAGAACAAGAGCCCGAAGAACGACAACCAGUAAAAAAAGAUAAAGAAAAAAAAGAUCAUCAUCGUCAUAAAUCUCGAGAUGAAAAAAAAAGGAAAACAUCACCUGAAGUUACUAAAGAACGUAGUAGUCAUAAACAUUCAAAAAAACAUCGAAAGGAACAUAGUGAUGAAGAAGAAUCACGUCAUCGUCGACGUCGUGAAAGAUCACCUUAA